AUGGGAGACGCGAAGCACCGCCUGCUGCUGGAGGCGGUGCUGGAGCACACGGCGUCGGCCGGUGGCGGCGACGGGCAGGGAGAGGCGGACGACACUAGGCUGCGGUUCGCCAUGACAUCGGCGGCGGAGGCCGUGGUGGGACUUCCAGCGCCGCUCUAUCAGAGCAUUGAGGAUCAGACGGAGCUGGUGCAGCCUCGACUUUGGAUGCUUCUGUGCCUGGAGACGGAGCCGCCGGCCGAGCAGUGCCGCCGAGCCAGCUUCCACGAGGAGAUGGAGGCGGUGGAGCUGCGUCGCUUUCUGGCGGCGCAGACCCGGCCUGGAUGGACGAUUGCGCCGCCGCACCCCUCCGCCAUCGAGGUGCCGUUCGACCUGUGGGAGACGCACGUGACGCUGCUGCUGACUGGGUCGGCCGACCUGGCUCGGGUCACGGCCAUCGCGCCCACCCUCGCUCAGCUCUUCCGCGGUUCGGUCGGCUUCGUUGUCGUCAAUCUGGCCGUCGUACCCCAUGCAUCAUUGAACCAGUUUGGGUUGGAUGUGAAUCGACUGUACCUGCCAUCUCUUGCGUUCAUCACCAAAGGCACGACGACAGUCUCGGCGCUGCUUAACCAGUAUGAUGAUGUCGUCGGCUUUAUCAACGAUCAGCUGAUUAAGUAUAUGAAGGCGAUGGAGAGGCACCAGAGAGAAGAGGUGGACUGGGAGGAUCUCGAGGUGGAGAUGGACAGUGUUCCCGAUGUUCUGAAGCAAGACGAUGAGCUGGAACUAUCACUACCCGAGGGAGACAACUUCGAAUCCAUUCAGGAUUUAUCUGCUGACGAUUACACAUCAUCUACCAAGUCUCGGGACUUCUUCGCUGUGAUUGCCUAUCUACCUUGGGACCCGGCCAGUCGUGCGCUUCUGUGGGAGCUGGUGACGCUGCCGUCGCCCCUGCGCCGCCACCUCGGGCGGCUCAACUGCCUGGACUGGACGGACCUGUGCGACGAGCUGGGCGUACGGUCGCACCCGCAGCUCAUCACCACCGCCGCCGGCCACGCCCGCCUCCACAGCACCAGUCCGACCCGGGCCCGCCUGCGGGAGCUGCUGUCCGUAGGCCCGGCACCAGUGCCUUUGGUCGUGGAGGACACUCAGAUCGAACUCUGGACGACCGGGCAAGUAACCGGAUCACCACUAGAUGGCACCAGCAGAGCUCUGGUGCUUCCCACCAGCUUGCGGCUACCACCCAACGCCUUGACUCGCCUGAGAGGCACGAUUCUGGUUGCCUCGCUGGAAGACAGCCACGUUUUCUCAAGGUUUGGCAAGAACGCUGCACACUGUCUGAAGAGAAACGACCCUUUUCAACCGGCAUUCGAAGUCGACUUGAUCAAACUGGAGGAGUCGAUAAGCCGAUGCGAACCAGUACUGUCCCAACUGACGGAGGAAAACUUCGAUCGUCUCCGACCGACGCAGUGGACAUUCGUUCUGUUCUGUACGCCCCCGGCCUGUCCGCGACCGGACGUCACGGAGGCGCUGGUGCAAGCGGCCGGGCACGUGGCGCUCUCAGAAUCCGACUUCUACUGGAUGAACAGCUCCAACCCGGUGGCCCGGCUGGCGCGGCAGCAGUACGAGGUCACCGCCGCGGUCGCCCUGGUGGCCGUCAACAUGACCUCGGGUGAGGUGGUGCAGUUUUCGGGGCGGCCACAGCUGGACGAGCUGCAGCAGUGGGUGACCGCCGUCCGCGCCGGCCUCAUCACCGGGAAAGUGCUUCUGAAGCCAGAGCAGUGGCAUCCGGUGCUGCCACCUAUCGACUUUGGUUUUCCGGCAGCGACUCUGGCUCCAGGGGGCGACACUGCCGAGACGCUCGCUGGCUUUCAGGGUGCUUCCGAUGGCUCUCACGGCCGCCGGGGGGAGCUGUAGCGACGGCACAUGUCCUCCGCGGCGUCGUGGUGCAGCAGCCUGCCGCUCCGGUCAGAGAUCAGAACAGAACAGAGAUCCGUGUACAGAGGUCUCCAGCAUCCGAGUGUGGCUUUCAUGUGGCCGACAGUUUCCUUGGCAAUGUGGAUCUCCUUGGAUUAUAAUUAGACAGACAAGUAUGUGCAUUGCGAUGUGCUCUUAUGUGAAGAUGUUUUCUUCGCAGGUUUGCGUCAAUACAUGAACGCACAUACGUCUGCUAAAUACUUAUG